AUGGCGGCGCUGGUGCUGGCGGUGCUGGUGGCGGCGGCGGUGCUGGCGGGGGCCGAGGCGCAGUGCCCGUCGCCCUCCGACCUGCGGAAGGCCAACGGCACCCGCAUCUGCGCCCAGCUCUACACCGAUGACAGCCCCUACUACGACCAGUGCUGCGGGGGGGAGGCGCUGGUGGUGGACCCCGGCUCCGACGUGCCCUACAUGCCCCGCGGCUGGGCCGCCCGCAUCUCCUCCUUGGUGGUUGGCACCCGCUGCGAGCUGACCGUCUGGUCUCGGGCCGGCAAGAAGGGGAAGAGCCGGCGUUUCGGGGCCGGCGCGGAGCCGCGGUUGAAGGAGGUGCGGCGGGGGCUCUUUGGCAACUGGGACAACGCCAUCAGGGGCUACUACUGCAAGUGCAACUGA